AUGGAUGUGAAGGAAAAUCAAACAAAUCAAACACCAAGUGAUGGCACCUUUCUAAAUUUUUUGGAGAUGAGAAUCACCUUGAAAGGUCUCGAUCAGCUAUUGAGGAGAUUGUUGAAAACCUUUACAACCAUUGACUUAUCCUCCAAUAAUUUCUCUGGUAGUAUUCCAGAUUCCAUAGGUAAUCUGAAUUCUUUGAGAUACUUGAAUUUGUCCCACAAUAAUCUCAUGGGACACAUACCUGCAUCUCUUGGAAAUAUAAGUGUGCUUGAAUCAUUGGACGUAUCAUGGAACAAAUUGGACGGAGGAAUUCCAAGUGAAUUGACGAGGUUGACAUUUCUUGCGAAAUUAAACCUUUCAAUGAAUGAUCUCGUGGGGCAAAUACCACAAUCUACUCAGUUUUCCACAUUUGAGAAUGAUUCAUACAUUGGAAACUUGAGAUUGUGUGGAUUUCCGUUGACGAGAAAAUGCAACGAGGAGAAUGGGCAGCGGAUGCAGCCAGAAGAACAAGAUGAUGAAGAAGAUGAGCCAAGAUGGUUGGUGGAAUUCUUUUUUGGUGUUGGAUAUACAUACAAGAAGAACAAGAAGAAGAAGAAGAAGACAAGGAAGAGAGCUACUCCAACACAGAGGGGAAGUUGA